CUAUUUUCACUAUUUCGGCAACCUCACAUUACUAUUUUUACAACCUCACACCUAUAUAUACUCCAUUCCCUCAACUUGCAACCUCCAUCUUCAACUCAUCAUCCACAACAAUGGCCUAUACACUAAUCACCACUCUCCUCCUUCUCAUCUCCGCCAUCACAUCCUCCACUGCCACCGGCACCAUCGGCGUUAACUACGGCCGCAUUGCCAACAACCUACCAGACCCAACCAAAGUCGUCCAACUACUAAAACAAAACUCCAUCAACCACAUCAAAAUUUUCGACACCGAUUCCACCGUCCUCAAAGCCCUAUCCGGUUCCAAAAUCACCGUCACCGUCUGCCUCCCCAACGAACAACUCAAAUCCGCUGCCGCAGACCAAACGUUCACAGAUAGUUGGGUGAUAUCAAACAUACUACCGUACCACCCGUCCACAAUCAUCGAAGCGAUUGCGGUCGGUAACGAAGUAUUCGUUGCUCCAAACAACAUCACAAACUUCCUCGUUCCCGCUAUGAAAAACGUCUACGCUUCAUUAACCAAAAACAACAUUACAACAAUCAACGUUUCUUCGCCAAUUGCGCUUAGCGCAUUGGCUACUUCUUAUCCUUCAUCUGCCGGUACAUUCAAACCUGAUCUCAUAGAACCAGUAAUGAAGCCAAUGCUUAGCUUCCUUCAAAAAACCGGUUCAUAUCUUAUGGUGAAUGUAUAUCCGUUUUUCGCUUACGCAGCGAACACUGAUACAAUAUCAUUAGAUUACGCUUUGUUACGUGAAAACAAUGGCGUGAAGGACACGAAAUCCGGAAUCACUUACAAAUCAUUAUUUGAAGCACAGCUUGAUGCGGUUUACGCUGCUAUGAAUGCGUUACAAUUCAACGAUGUGAAAGUAGUUGUUUCGGAAACCGGAUGGCCUUCGAAAGGGGAUUCAAAUGAAAUCGGUGCUGCUGAAGAUAACGCUGAACAGUACAACGGUAAUUUGGUACGCAGAGUGCUCACCGGAAGUGGCACUCCGUUAAGACCUAACGAGCCGUUAGCAGUGUACCUGUUUGCAUUGUUUAACGAGAAUCAGAAAACCGGUCCAACUUCUGAACGUAAUUACGGUUUAUUUUAUCCUAACGAACAGAAGGUGUAUAAUGUGCCGUUUAGCAUGAAGGAUUUAGCUAAUGUUAACGGUAGCCAGACGGAAGUAGCUGUGGCGCCGACGCCGUCACCGUCAAGUGACGGAGAUGUGACGGUGAGUAAAGUAGGGGAGACGUGGUGUGUUGCGAACGGGAAUGUAGGGGAAAAGAAGUUGCAGGAUGCGUUGGAUUAUGCAUGUGGUGAAGGUGGUGCCGAUUGCCGUCCGAUUCAGUCCGGUGACACGUGUUACAAUCCUAAUACGCUUGAGGCUCAUGCUUCUUAUGCGUUCAACAGUUACUACCAGAAACAAGCACGUGCGAGUGGCUCGUGCGAUUUUGGUGGUGCAGCUUACGUGGUCUCGCAACCGCCUCGAUAUGGUAGCUGCAAAUUUCCUACGGGUUAUUAGAGACAAAGAGGAAGAUAAUGAGUCUGGUGGGGUUGGUUAGCUAGACCUUCUUCGUGUUUUGGAAGUAUUUCUUAUUAUAUAUUAUUUUUUUAUUUUUAUUAAUGAUUUGGUUUAGAAAAAAGUAUAUUUAGGUUUGGUUGCUGGUAUUUGUUAUGACUUUAAUAUUUCGUGUAAGUUGGUUAGAUGGAUCCUUUCCUACUCGUACAAGGGAUUUGUUAGCUUAUAUUGUGUUUAUUAAAUUUUGAUUUUUUAUAUUGUGUUUAUGUCUAAAACUACAAUUUCAUCUUAUUCAAUUACAUGGUCUUAUUUAAUCA